AUGCCUGCUCGAACCGCCCCGGCCCGGGUGCCCGCGCUGGCCUCCCCGGCCAUCUCCUUGCCCGACGAUGUCCGCAGGCGGCUCAAAGAUUUGGAUCGGGAUAGUUUAACAGAAAAGGAAUGUGUGAAGGAGAAAUUGAAUCUUCUGCAUGAAUUUUUACAAACGGAAAUAAAGAAUCAGUUACGUGAUUUGGAAACUAAAUUACGUAAAGAAGAAUUAUCAGAGGAGGGCUACCUGGCUAAAGUCAAAUCCCUUUUAAAUAAAGAUUUGUCCUUGGGGAACGGAGCUCAUGCUCGAGAAGUGAAUGGAUAUCUAGAAAACGGGAGCCGUGCGGGUGGUGAAGAGCGAGUGAGAAUGGCAGAGGAAAACAAACCCUCCAAACAAGGCUCGACCCCCCGGCAGACCCGAAGGAGCAAGUCGGUUGGAGAGUCUCCGGCUGACAGUUCACCUAGUCCCAAGAUGACAAGGAGAAGUACCCGCCAGACCUCCAUCGUGGCUCAUCUUACACAGGAGUCUGGCAAACGGAAACCUGUGGAUGAACUGCAAGUGGAAAACCCAGACGAUCUUGAUAAAGAUGCAGACACGGAUGAGAAGAGACGUAGAGUUACUUCCCCAGAACCAGAACUGUCUACCUCCAGGCAGAGAACUCAAGAAAAACAAUUGGAUGGAGAAAAAUCUCAGGCAACUGAUGUCAAAGAUGAGCCUGAAAAGGAUGAGAAGAAACGCAGAACUCCAAUGAGAGAAGCAUCUGAGAAGAAAGCCACUCGGCCCAGAUCACUGUCUGCCAAGCCCCAGCCCCCGAAAUGUAUCCAGUGUGGACAGUACUUGGAUGACCCUGACCUCAAGUACCAGCAGCAUCUCCCUGAUGCAGUAGAAGAACCGCAGUUGUUGACAAAUGAGAAACUGUCCAUUUUUGAUGCCAACGAAUGUGGCUUCGAGAGUUACGAGGAUCUUCCCCAGCACAAAGUGACUUACUUCAGUGUGUACUGUAAACUCGGGCAUCUGUGCCCAAUCGAUACCGGCCUCAUCGAGAAGAACGUUGAACUCUACUUGGCUGGUUCGGCAAAACCCAUCUAUGCGGAUGACCCGUCUCCUGAAGGUGGUGUUAAUGGUGUCAACCUUGGCCCUAUAAACGAGUGGUGGAUCACCGGCUACGACGGAGGGGAGAAAGCCCUGCUGGGCUUCAGCACCUCCUUUGCUGAAUAUAUCAUGAUGGAUCCCAGCCCAGAGUAUGCCUCGAUAUUCGCACUGAUACAGGAGAAGAUCUAUAUAAGUAAGAUAGUAGUGGAGUUUCUGAAGAAUUUUCGAGACUCAACCUAUGAAGAUCUGAUCAAUAAGAUUGAAACCACCGUCCCUCCUCCUGGACUCGGCCUGAAUCGCUUCACCGAGGACUCUCUCCUCCGACACGCCCAGUUUGUGGUGGAACAAGUGGAGAGUUAUGACGAAGCCGGGGACAGUGACGAGGAGCCCAUCUUCCUGUCCCCCUGCAUGAGGGACGUGAUCAAACUUGCCGGGGUCACUCUGGGACAAAGGCGAGCCAAAAGGCGGCAGGCCAUCAGACACUCCACCAGGGAGAAGGAUAAAGGGCCCACCAAAGCCACCACCACCAAGCUGGUCUACCAGAUCUUUGACACCUUCUUCGCCGACCAAAUUGAGACCUUUGACAAGGAAGAUAAGGAGAACGCCUGUAAGCGCCGUCGGUGUGGCGUCUGUGAGGUUUGCCAGCAGCCCGAGUGUGGACAGUGCAAAGCUUGUAAGGACAUGGUUAAGUUCGGUGGUAGCGGCCGGAGCAAGCAGGCUUGUGAAGCGAGGAGGUGCCCCAAUAUGGCCGUAAAGGAGGCAGAUGAGGAUGAAGAAGUCGAAGAGAAUAUCCCAGAAAAAAUGCCAUUACCAAAAAAAAAAAUGCAUCAAGAGAAGAAACAGAAACAUCACAAGAACAAGAUCACUUGGGUUGGAGAGCCUGUCAAGAGUGAGGGAAAGAAGAUUUACUAUCAGAAAGUCUGUAUUGAUUCCGAAAUCUUCGAAGUAGGGGACUGUGUCUCUGUUUCCGCAGUUAAUUCCUCACAUCUCUAUUUUGCAAGAAUCACCGCCUUAUGGGACGACAGCAACACCGGACAAAUGUUUCAUGCCCACUGGUUCUGUACCGGGAGAGAUUCAAUCCUGGGAGCGACGUCAGACCCUCUGGAACUAUUCCUGGUGGACGAGUGUGAGAACUUGCAGAUGCCUUACAUCAACGAGAAAGUCACAGUUGUUUACAUCCCUCCUCCAGAAAACUGGGCGCUAGAGGGAGGCCAGGACCCUGAGCCCAUCAUGGCUGACACCGACGGGAAGACCUAUUUUUACCGGAUGUGGUAUGACCACGAUUACGCAAGGUUUGAAACCCCUCCAAAAACUGAGCCCACGGAAGACAACAAGUACAAGUUCUGCGCAAGCUGUGCCCGUCUGGCUGUAAUGAGGCAAAAAGAAAUCCCUAGGGCCCUGGAACAGGUCGAAGACCUGAAUGACCGCGUCGUCUACAACAUCGCCACCAAGAAUGACGUCCAGUACCGAGUAGGAGACAAUGUGUACCUCCUGCCGCGUGCCUUCACAUUCAACAUCAAGGUGUCCAGCCCUGUGAAGCGCCCUCGGAAAAGGCCUGUGGACGAAGACCUGUAUCCAGAACACUACCGGAAAUCCACGGACUACAUCAAAGGCAGCAACCUGGACUGCUCAGACCCGUACCUAAUUGGCCGCAUCAAGGAGAUCUUCCGUCCCAAGAAGGAGAACGGCAAGAUCAACGGGGUCGACAUCAAGCUCAGGGUCCACAAGUACUACAGGCCAGAAAACACUCACAGGUCCACGCCAGCGAGUUACCAGGCAGACAUCAACCUACUUUACUGGAGUGAUGAGGAGGCCAUCGUAGACUUCAAGGAUGUGCAGGGCCGCUGCAUCGUGGAGUACGGGGAGGACAACCCCGAGUGGAUCAGGACGUUCUCCGAAAAGGGCCCAGACCGCUUCUAUUUCCUCGAGGCCUAUAAUGCAAAAACCAGAAGCUUUGAACAGCCUUCACACCAUGCCAGGAACCCCAGAAAUACAGGGAAAGGAAAAGGGAAGGGGAAGGGGAAAGGUAGGUGUCGUGCAUGCCCUCCAGCGCCGAGUGAGACAGAAGUGGAAGAAGUCCAGCUGCCGAAGCUUCGUACUCUGGAUGUGUUUUCUGGCUGCGGGGGGCUCUCAGAAGGAUUUCACCAAGCAGGCGUCUCUGAGACCCUGUGGGCCAUCGAAAUGUGGGAGCCCGCAGCCCAGGCGUUCCGGCUGAACAACCCCAGCACCAUGGUGUUCAACGAGGACUGCAACAUCCUGCUGAAGCUGGUCAUGGCCGGGGAGAAGACCAACUCCAAAGGCCAGAAGCUGCCCCAGAAGGGAGAUGUGGAGCUGCUGUGCGGCGGGCCGCCCUGCCAAGGGUUCAGUGGCAUGAACCGCUUCAACUCGAGGACCUACUCCAAGUUCAAGAACUCCCUGGUGGUCUCCUUCCUCAGCUACUGUGACUACUACCGACCCCGCUUCUUCCUCCUGGAGAACGUCCGGAACUUUGUCUCCUUCAAGAAGUCCAUGAUCCUGAAGCUGACUCUCCGGUGCCUGGUCCGCAUGGGCUAUCAGUGCACGGUCGGCGUGCUGCAGGCUGGCCAUUACGGCAUCCCCCAGACGCGGAGACGGGCCAUCAUCAUGGCUGCCGCCCCCGGGGAGAAGCUUCCCCUCUACCCAGAGCCGCUGCAUGUGUUUGCUCCCCGAGCCUGUACCCUGAGCUUCGCGGUGGGCGACAGGAAGUAUUACAGCAACAUAACGAGGCUGGACUCGGGGCCGCUGCGAACCAUCACGGUGCGGGACACGAUGUCUGACCUCCCCGAGGUGCGGAACGGCGCCUCGGCGCUGGAGAUCUCUUACAGCGGGCCGCCUCAGUCCUGGUUCCAGAGGCAGCUCCGGAGCGCCAAUCAGCACUCCCUGCUCCAGGACCACAUCUGCAAGGACAUGAGUGCACUGGUGGCGGCCCGCAUGCGGCACAUCCCUCUGGCCCCAGGCUCGGACUGGCGUGACCUGCCCAACAUCGAGGUGCAGCUCUCCGACGGCACCAGAGCCAAGAAGCUGCGCUACACCCACCACGACAGGAAGCACGGCCGCAGCAGCACCGGCGCCCUCCGCGGGGUCUGUUCCUGUGUGAAAGGUGGGGCUUGCGACCCUGCGGCCCGGCAGUUCAACACCCUCAUCCCCUGGUGCCUGCCCCACACCGGGAACAGGCACAACAACUGGGCUGGCCUCUACGGACGGCUGGAGUGGGACGGUUUCUUCAGCACGACCGUCACUAACCCUGAACCCAUGGGCAAGCAGGGCCGGGUGCUCCACCCAGAGCAGCACCGCGUGGUGAGUGUGCGGGAGUGCGCUCGCUCCCAGGGCUUCGCCGACUCCUACCGGCUCUUCGGCAACAUCCUGGACAAGCACCGACAGGUCGGUAAUGCUGUGCCACCACCCCUGGCCAAGGCCCUCGGGUUGGAGAUUAAGCUUUGUGUGUUGGCCAAGGCUUUAGAAGAGAAAGAACGAGCCUCAGCUGAAUUGAAGGAGAAGAAGGAGGAGGGAACAAAGCACAUCAUGAUUGACUUGGGCACCGGCAGUAACAAAAAGAUUAACUGGGCCGUGGAGGACAAGCAGGAGAUGACGGACGUCAUCGAGAUAGCUCACCGAGGGGCACGCUAG